UUUAUUCCCCCCCUUCAGUGAGAGAGCGUGCACACACACGUCAGCUCGGGGAGGGCAAAGCCUGCUUAAGAUGCAGCGAAUGUGACAGCCGAGCCGAGAGUCCAGACUACAGCAGCGCGUGGACGGGGAAAAAGGUGAGCGUGGUGGGGGUGGGGGGGCACAAAAAUGCCAGUGGAACCAGCUCACCCGCAGACGUGACGCCGACAGAGGAAAAAAGAGAGAGGAAGACACGCGGAGACGCUGGUUUCCAAAUACGCGCGGAGGUGUCGGAGGGGGAACAGAGAGGACCGAGGUGCGGGAAGCGUCGCCCUUGUCUGGCGGGGGAAAGAUGACAGUGGUGCCCGGAGAGAACCUGGAUGAGACUGUGGCACUGGCCGCGCUGUCAGCCCAGGAUGUGUACGACCCGGAGCGAGCAGAGAACCAGGAGUGCUGCGAGCGGGUGGUCAUCAACAUCUCCGGGUUGCGCUUCGAGACGCAGCUGAAGACGCUCGCCCAGUUCCCCUCCACCCUGCUGGGGGACCCGCGCAAGAGGAUGCGCUUCUUCGACCCGCUGAGGAACGAGUAUUUCUUCGACAGGAACAGACCCAGCUUCGAUGCCAUCCUCUACUACUACCAGUCCGGGGGGAGGCUCCGGAGACCCGUUAACGUGCCCGUGGACAUUUUCAUGGAGGAGAUUAAAUUCUAUGAACUCGGGGAGGAGGUGAUUGAGAAUUUUAAGGAGGAUGAGGGGUUUAUUAAGGAGGAAGAGCGCCCACUGCCUGAGAACGAGUUCCAGCGGCAGGUUUGGCUCCUCUUCGAGUACCCGGAGAGCUCCGGACCCGCCAGGGGGAUAGCCAUCGUCUCCGUGCUCGUGAUCCUCAUCUCCAUUGUAAUUUUCUGCUUGGAGACUUUACCGGAGUUCAGAGAAGAAGCGAGAACAUUUGACGAGCUGCUGGUGGUGAACGGCACGGCGCGCGCAAAGAAGCCAAACCCGUUCACAGACCCGUUUUUCAUCGUGGAGACGCUCUGCAUAAUCUGGUUCUCCUUCGAGCUCCUGGUCAGGUUCCUGGCGUGCCCGAGCAAGCCCGCGUUCUUCAAAAACAUCAUGAACACCAUCGACAUAGUGGCGAUCAUGCCGUACUUCAUCACGCUCGGGUUGGAGUUAGCGGAGCACCAGGGGAACGGGCAGCAGGCUAUGUCCCUCGCCAUCCUCAGGGUCAUCCGCUUGGUGCGGGUCUUCCGCAUCUUCAAGCUCUCCAGACACUCCAAAGGGCUCCAGAUCCUGGGGAAGACCCUGCAGGCGAGCAUGAGGGAGCUGGGACUGCUUAUAUUCUUCCUCUUCAUCGGGGUCAUCCUCUUCUCCAGCGCGGUGUACUUUGCUGAGACGGACGACCCGGACUCUGGCUUCAGCAGCAUCCCGGACGCGUUCUGGUGGGCGGUGGUGUCCAUGACCACUGUGGGCUACGGGGACAUGUGCCCGGUCACGAUUGGGGGCAAAAUCGUGGGCUCCCUGUGCGCCAUCGCUGGGGUGUUAACCAUCGCGCUCCCGGUGCCGGUCAUCGUCUCCAACUUCAACUACUUCUACCACCGGGAGACGGAGCACGAGGAGCAGUUCCAGUACACGCAUGUGACGUGCGGCCAGCAGCAGCCGCAGUUUGGGGAGUUCAACAAGAGCGACAGCAAGCCGUCACUCACCAAGUCCGACUACCUGGACAGCGAAGACGCGGACUCCAUCAAGUACACCAACUGCAGCCCGCAUAAAGCGUACACCGGGAAGCUCACCGAUGUUUGAUUUGUUUGUUUGUUUCUUUUCUCUUUUUUGUCUUCAUUUUGGCCCGCAAUUACGCAUCAGUGGCGCGCUGAGGGGAGUCUUUCGGUGCCAUCAAACAUCCUGCGCUCUGGUUUGAGUUUGGCGAGCUCCUUAUUUCUGCCAUCAAAAAAGGGAUUCAUUAACUUCACAGACGGAUUAUAGAAGAAUUCACAUUUACCCCCCUGACACAGUCUUCCAUUACGCGCGUCAUGAAUCAGAGGGGGAAAGCUUUGAAAUGAUCAGCCUAUAGCCAAUUGUAGCACUUUAUUAUUAUUAUUAUUAUUAGCAUAAUGUUUCUCUAAAUGCAUAAUUUAUUGCCACAAUAAUGCAGGUUUAAAGUUUACAUUUGCUUUUUUUCUGUCUAUCUGAAGCAACACAGGACCAAUUUAAUCUAAAUAUACAGACUGAUGCAGGAGGCACAUGGUGGCUGUUUUUAUUAUGGUCCCGCGCGCUCACACACGCACACACACCUGUUAUUUCACCCUCACGUAUUUUCCAUUGGAGCUCAGUAGUGGAUCAGAUGAUGUGCAGGCUGGAAGAAUCAAUUAUCCCUAGAUUUAAACUUCUGUGAACGGGCUUUGGUGCAAGUCGCCCAAAUGUUUCAGCGUUUCUCCAGGAGGUGAAAUCCUCCUCAGUUUGUGGAAAAGCAUUAUGAAAUCAGGUGCAGAUUAUUAUUGUAUUUUUUUUCCCAAACCAAGAGCGCCACUUUGUGGAUGAGAGGGAGUCCUGCGUCUCUCCGGUGGAUGCAGUUUCUAUAGCAACCUUCCAGACUUUUCUGUAUUGUCUGCCACAGGAAUGAGAGGACGCAGGCUGUUGGAGAUGAGGCUCAGCGAGGCCACGAAACCACCAUGUUGUGGAAGCCUCCAUGUUGUUUGAUUUCACCAGCUGAAUCCAGCACACGUUACUUUAAUAUUCAUCAGUAAAAAUGAUCACGUAGAAUACAUUUACAGGCAGGUAUGUGACCUGUUGUCCAUGCACCUUAGUCACAAAUGGUCCAAACUGGCUGCAACCAGCAAUUAUUUUAAUUAUUUUUUAUGUAAGACUCAAAAUAUGUCAAGAAAUGUCCGUCAGAAGUUCCCAGAAACACCAUGUAGGUUUUAAAAUCAUAUAUAUUUUUAAUUUUUAUUUUAGCUAAUUCCACCCUAAAAUGAUAUAAA